GGCUCACAGGGGUCCAGUCUCUAGAGUCUCCCCGCUUUCUAAUCUCCUGUUGGAAACCAACUGGCCUCGCACCCCAGAAGUCCCUCUCUUUGUCCUCCCCCAGGCCCCAUACACGGCUCCGCGCCCCCAAGGUCACCCACGGCCUUCGACCUCAAGCCUCCGCCGCCGGCUCCCCGCCCCCCAGGUCCCUGGGGAAUUUGGUCGCGUCCGCUCUCUGAGGCCCCGGAGCGCGUCGGCGUCGUCACGGCAACGCCCGGAGCUGGAGGGGCGCUGGCCGAAUCCGCCGGGAAACCACCCCAGGGUGAGCGGCCCGGACGUGGAGCCGGAGUGGCCCUCCUUGGCGGCCGCAGAGCUGCUACGGCAGCCCGAAACCCGAGCGGGUGUCCAGCCGCAAGAAAUGACCUUUGGCUCUGAAAAGAAGACUCCAUUUUUCAUGAUAAAAUGGCAGCAGUGAAAACCCCCAGCAAAGAACCAAAGAAUGCCAAAGAACCAUUCAAUAAUGUAUCACCCCUCCUUUUGAAGAACUUGGUAGAGGACCCCAAGAAAAGAACAGAAGUACCUAAUCACCUCCUAGAAUCAAAGGUUUAUGCAAACCUUCUGAAUAACAAGGUCAUACAGGCAAAACCUGGCAUAUUACAUUUUGAAGGCUAUCAACUAGAAAAGCAACACCGACAGGUUCUGCAUCUGAUCAAUGUUUCCAAUGAAGAGAUAAAUGUUCACAUUUUAUCCCCACAAACCAAAUACUUUCAGAUCCAGUAUGUGAAAAAGGAACACUGCCUUGUCCCUGGCUUGUCUCUCACAGUCACCAUUACAUUUUCUCCAGAUGAGUGGCGAUACUAUUAUGAUUGCAUCCGUGUUCACUGUAAAGGAGAUGACACUUUGCUUAUUCCCAUCCAUGCCUAUCCUGCCAUGAACAUGCUGGACUUCCCCUCAUUUAUAAAUCUAUCAGAUGUCUUACUUGGUGAAAGUAAAAAGUAUGUUAUUCCAUUGCAGUGCAGCUGCCCUGUAGAUUUCGAGUUUCAUAUUACUUUGAUUCAGUCUCAUCAAGCCUUCACUAUUAAGCCAACAUCAGGAAUAAUUCCAGCUAAUGGGAAGAUGAAUGUGACUGUUAAGUUUACACCCUUUCAGUAUGGGAUUGCACAAAUAAAAAUGCAGUUAUGGAUUUCACAGUUCAACUCUCAGCCAUACGAAUGUGUCUUUACUGGAACCUGUUAUCCCAACGUGGCUUUAAAAUUAGAAGAAUUUGAAAGACUAAAUGCUCUUUCUAAGAAAGUAUACAUUCCUCCAGAAAAGGCAAUGACACAUGUAAGUUUUCACCGACUACCAGCCAAAUCAGAGCCUCCAAAGAUUAAGGAAAUUGAAUAUCAGAACUUGAGAUUUCCAGUAGAUUUAUCAAAUCCAUUUGCUGUGGCAACUGUUUUAAACCAAGAACCAGGAAAACUGAAGAUUAAAGAACUAAGAGAAGUUUUGGACCAAGGCAAUGAGAUUUCAAAAACAAGACAGAUGAAGGAAGCACUCUUUGAACAGAAAGUCAGACAGGACACUUACGAAGAGGUUGAAAAUCACCUUAAGUGGCAGGUGCACCUUGGUAAAGGUCAUAUGUCUUUUAAAUUUAGAAAAGACCUUGCUGAAGAUCGGCAAAGAAUGAACACCAAAUACAAGCUAGAUAGAGGAGAUCCUGUUUUGGAAGAGGAAUUUAAGCGACUCAAGACUGAAGUUAACCACAAGCGGAUUGUUCACAAUCUGGAAGAAAAAAUCAAGGAAUUUCACCCUAAUUUUGAUCCACUCAUUAAUAAUACUUGGGUCAACAGGUACAGGGCACAAAGACGGUUCCAACAAGUAGCACGCAAGAUCAUGGUUCAUCGACGAUUACUCAACAUGCUGGGAGCUAUUCGUGACAUGAACAGAGGGAUCAUAACAAGAAAGCUCAGUGAAGCAAGACAGUCCAUAGCACAAGACAACAGUUCUUCCAGAUACCUCCUGCCCCAGAUCAGGCAAGACGAUUAUCCCAACCGGUUCUCUGUGUCACCCAAGGAAGUGCUGCCCUUCGCCUUCCCACCGUACAGUCCUCCUCAGGCCUCCAACGAGCUGGCUCCCGACGGCCUUGGACCUGUCCCUGUUAAAUCUCCAGAAAUUCAAAUCAAGCAGGAUUAUUCCUUCUUCAAACUUCAGGUUCCUCAGCUGUACCAAAUUAAGGGGUAUCAGCCAUUCUCUGUCCAGAGGUCAUCCACAAGCUAUAGGCCUCAAAAGCUUGCUCGGGCCCUGAAGCAAGGAGCUGAGGACGAAGCCCCCACCAUCAUAAGACUGCCAAAGCAGGACUCCGCACCUCAGCUCCUUGGCAAGAGCUCAGUCUUGAGCGUGAAACCACCUGAAGCCUUAGUCAGGUCUCCAGAUUAUGACCCGCUUUAUAUUUUUAAUCCCAACCCUGGAUUAUUUGCUGUGAUGCAUCCUCUGACCUAUGCAGAAACCUUGAUAGAUUACCAUCUAUGCUCUCACCCCAAGUACAAGUUCACCAGGGAGUGCCACAGUGGGUCCAGCAUUCUUCUCACCCAAAAGCAGUUUCUCCAUCACACGGACAUCAUUCCUGGGAUAAUGCACUGGAAGAGGUUCCAGUCCCUGCUUCUUUCAUACCUGUCCGAAACUUCUAAGGCAGAGACGACACAGAGAAUGAGGCCAUCUCCAAGGUGGAGAGCCCUGCCAGAGACACAGGGGUGAUCAGGAAACCUGAGUUCUGCCACCAACCAACAUCGGCAAGUGAACUUCAUACCCCACCUCCCACCAGCAUGUCCUGGAUCCUCUGACACAGAAACUCAAGUUCCCUCCCUCCCCAGGACACCACAAGCCCUCCAAGAGCAGUGUGACUCAGCCACACUCCUCCACUGCCUCUCUUGGCCCGGUCCUCUUGUCCACAAAGCAAGGAAACCCUUCUCAGUCUUGAUGUUUUCAUUUUAGCAGGCAUGGGAAAGUACCCAGUGUGGGAUGUGGGACAUGGCAGGAGCUCAGAAACAUUAGCGGCUUUUCUAUGAGUUCAUUCAUACCUCACCCAUCCUGGUGCCAUCUCAGAAUAAACUCUGCAUCUUUAUUCUUCACUUUAGCCUCUUUCUAAAAUCUGAAGUCUCCAGCAUCAGGGGAAACAGCUGCACUCGAGAGAACGCAUGCUCUGGGGACACCUGGGAGGCCUACCAUUUCUCACUGGCUGUCACCCACUGUGUGUCCUUGGGCACAGGCUUAUUACUGAAGCCCUUGGACCCACAAUGUUCUCAUCUGGGUAACAGGGACCAUGAUGGUGACCUCAUGGGAUGGUUGUGAGGAUGAAAUUAAAAUGCUGAGGUGAAGCAUCUAGGACCCCCACCCACUAAACCUUAGAAUCACUCUGCUGCUACCAGAGGGCAGCAGUCUGCCACCACCUCGACACAAACUGCCUCCCUCAUUUUGCUGUAGGGUGAGGACACUUCAGAAUUGACCCAAGUAUUGUAAACAGCACACCAAACAGCUGGGUGCAGUGUCUGUUGAGAGACCGCAUAAACAAAAUGACAAACAGUGAGAAGCAGAGACUGCCUGGGUCCCCCUACUGUCAGCACUCACAGGUCUCAAGAAUUAAGAAAAAAAUCAAUUUUUUUUCCAAAGUACUGUUUUUGGAAAAAAUCUCCUGAGGCUGUUCUUUCGAAAAGCAGUCAGAAUACAAUUACCUUGGGUUUAACCAUAAAUUAAAUAGGAAUUCUACAUGAAUUCAAGAGAAUUCUCCAAAUCUGAAUUAUUACUUUCAGCUCUGUGCCUGAGUGCUCUGUUAGGCCAAUUUGUUUCAAAAUAAGCUAUAACUGCAUAACAGGUUAUAAAAUCAGGAGAGGAGUGUAUAUUUCCACAUCAUAGGUUUACAUGAUAUAAGAUUUUCGAUCAUGUUUUUGUUUCUAAA